AGUUAUUUCAUUGCUCAGCCAUCGGAGUCAAAUGUUGCACUGUUCACCGUUGAGCAGUCGGUAACGGAAGCAAAACGGGCGACAAACGACGAACAAUCACAGGCCGGUGUUACCAUUGAAGAGCAGGAUACAAUAAGAUUCACAACCGCGGAGCCAAAAACAUUGCAUGUGGCCACUACAGCAGGAGAAGGAGCGAAUGUGGAAAGUUCUAUUAACCAAUCUUCAACAAUAAAAGACAUAGAGGCUACAAUACAGCAGCAAACCAUUGAAGCUUUCUUACCAGAAGUAUGCUCAACCGACAAAACUGAAACAGAAAAACAGAUAUCUACUGAAGCUGAGAAUCAAUCCGAAGUGUUGCCUGAAGCUUUAAGAAAGCUUUCAAUAAAGCUUCAGCCAUCGGAGCCAACAAUUCAUCAACAUACUUUCCAGACUCCAAAAGGAGAAGAAAAGGAAGAGGUUUUAAGUCAUAACCUUGAACAAGUGCAGCUGCCUUCAACUCAAAAUUUACCUACCGAAUUCGAAGCGCAGCAUUUGCAUGCGAAAGAACCGAACAUUGAUUCAAACUUAGUUGAAGAACCUGAAUUAAACGUUCCAACGCAAACGGCACAAGAAAGCCAAUCUAACACUCCAUUAUUGGUGCAACCUCAACCAGAUACACAAAUCACGCCUGGAGUCAGCCCGAUUUUACCUCCUCGUGUGCCAAACGUCAGUCGUCCGCUAAAUAAAAAUCAAAACGCAAAUCCAUUCCGCAGAAACCUCGGUGCAUCGCCAAUCGUGCCAGGCCCUCAGUCACAGCCACAGCCAAAGGGCGAAACUCAGCCGAAGUUAGCAAACUUCUUUGUCGAUGCGCCAGGCAUAACUGGUUCAAGUGUAACAGAUUCAUUCAAUAUAAUUACGUCUCCAGUAGAAGAUCAGUCUUUGCAACCGAGCGCCGUCGAACAUCAGCCACCUGCUUGUUCAGCGGAAAAUACACAAGAACCCGCGAUACCUACUGCUGCUGCUGCUGCAUUACCUAGUGCCGCUGGCUUCUUUGGCUAUUGCGAACAGACACAGUCUAACUUCUUUCAGCCCACACCGACUCACCAACAGCUAACCGAAUUUCCACCAUUGCCGCCACAGCUUGGUAUUGCACCUCCCACAAUUACGCGCGAGGCUCCAACUACAGCUGUUGAUAUUACAGCGACACCACCGCUGGGUGUUCCACCUCCAAUCGGCUUUGAUAAUAUUCUACCGUCGACGUCCUUGCAGUCUACUCAGAUUGAAGCGCAAGCAGUAGUUGCGCCAUCAAUCUCAAAUACUAACUCAACAGUUACUCUCGCCGCUAUUGUCACAAACGUGCAAACAUCGUCUUCUACUGUUAGCAACACUCAAACUCAGCAGUCGGGUGUUGUAAAUUCAUUUACUUACUUCGAGCAACCUUCAAAGCAUACAACUAAAAGUAAACAAACGCAAAACGAACAACGACAAGAACAGAUAGUUCCACCAACUGUAGCGCUGCCGUCAACAGACACUUCAUCUACGGCUCAUUUCUUUGACACAUUUACACAAUCACAGUCUCAGCCGCUAUCUGAAAGUGUAUUCAAUUCGUUGUCCACUCAACAACAACAGCAACAAGGGGAACCCCAACAACAUCAACAACAGCACCAAACAGUCGCUCAAUCGAACGAGGACCAACGUUUACAAAAUUUCUUCAACAAUCCACCACAACGUGAAAAUAACUCCGGUGUAGGUGACCUUGGUUACGAUUUGGUGCAUAGUGGCCUAGCCCACCGUAAUUUGGGCUCGCUUACAUCCGUUUCUAAUUUGGUAGAACCGCCUUCCUCAUCGUGCUCGGAGUUUUCAGAGUGGAAUAAUAGCAACGUGAGUGCGCGUACUUUGCCUUCUGAAGUGUUUGCCAAGCGUAGCCCUGAGAAGACUUUAGCAGCCCCUAUAACACAGCAAGAAGUGCGAGUACCUGCUGAGUUCCAGCCAGCGGUGCAAGAAGUAGCUUCUGAACCAAUUGCAGUUGCAGAUUCACCACUUGCGUCUGCAGUUGCAAAUUCUGCUACCGAUUUAGCACCGGAAAAGCAUUACGAGGAUUUGCCAGAGGAGGUCUUACGUGAACUAAGAAUGGCUAGUAUGCUGCUUGGAGAGAAGGCAGCCGCGACGGUGCCACCAACGACUGUGCCCUAUUCGCCCGCAGUCAAGCAUUGGUUUUACAAGCGGCCGACGGGUAGCAACAAGUUCGUGUGGACACCAUUUAGUCACUAUGAUUCUGCUUUGUUAGAAACCACGUUAUCUAUGGGUGCCAAUUCUCCGAAUAUUGUCGCCGUCGAGGGUGGCCGCUAUGAUGUAAAUAUAAAGGAGCGUACCAAAACGGCUGUUUACUGGGAAUGUGCUCCCAUAGAGGUCAGACGUUGCUCAUGGUUCUAUAAAGGCACCGACUCCAAAAUGGUGCCUUAUGAAGAGUCAAUCGCUGAUCUACUUGAAUCCGAGUAUAAACAGGCAUUUGAUAGCGGAGAAUGGCAUAAGAAGAUCGUUUUGUCUAUGCAUGAGCAGGUGACAUUCCAUGGACCCACCGUUAUUGUACAUUUUCAGCAGCAACAGUCUACCGACGCUUGGGGCGGUACUUCACAAACAACAACACGACCUCGUGUGGUUAAGCGUGACCUUGACGAAUUCACAAUCGAACAGGGUGAAUCGGAGCGCGUCGAUCAUUUACUGCUGAUGGUACAUGGCAUUGGUUCGGCAUGCGAUUUGAAAAUGCGCAGCGUCGAUGAAGUUGUUGACGACUUUCGCAACAUUGCACAGGCUUUGGUUCAGUCACACUACAAAAAUUCAACUGAGAUGGGACUUGUAGGCCGCGUCGAAGUGCUGCCUAUUUCAUGGCAUAGCCACUUACAUUCAGAGGAAAUGGGCAUUGAUGAAAAACUGCGUUCAAUAACAUUGGAGUCAAUACCGAAAUUACGAAAUUUCACCAACGAUACACUGUUGGAUGUGCUCUUUUACACCAGUCCUAAAUAUUGUCAAAAGAUUAUGAACACAGUGGCUGCGUCUAUGAACGAAGUGUACAAUAAAUACCGCGAACGUCAUCCAGAAUUCAAUGGCGGUGUCUCAGUGGCAGGGCAUAGUUUGGGCUCGUUGAUACUUUUCGAUUUACUUUGUCACCAAAAAGCGCCGAAGGAAACCGAGGAACAGAAUUUAGAGAAUCCCGAUCAGCUCGGCACAAGCCCCAUGGACGUCAGCAAUGAUGACGACCUGAGCGUUACAAGCUAUACAAUGGGCCACGCUGGGACUGGUCAGCCAUUUAUACAUUAUCCACAGCUUAAUUUUGAACCCAAAAAAGUUUUCGCAUUGGGUUCACCAAUCGGCAUGUUUGUCACCAUUCGCGGCAUUGAUAAGCUUGGCCUUGACUUUCGCCUGCCUACUUGUUCGGGCUUUUACAACAUAUUCCAUCCCUUCGAUCCAGUCGCUUAUCGCAUCGAAGCGCUGGUUAAUCCGGAUUUGAGCAAUGUGCGACCAGUACUGAUACCACAUCACAAGGGACGUAAACGUAUGCAUUUGGAGUUGAAAGAGACAAUGACUCGUGUGGGUGCUGACUUGAAACAACGGUUCUUGGAUACAUUCAAAAAUACGUUGGAAAGUGUUAAUUUUUUGGGAGGCUCGACGCGAACCAGCCGCGAUGCGGAGGAGAAUAUGUCAAAGGAAGUUGAUAAGGUUUUAAGUAUGCAAAUAGAAGCAGAGAAACAACAACAGCAAGCAGCAGUGCAGCCUAGUUUAUCCAGUGAGCCGCAUGCUGGCUCCACGCAAGCGAACGCAGAACCGCCUCGUACACGUUCCGAUUCAGUGUCAACGUCGCAAUCUGAUUCCGAUUUGGUUGAAAUAGAUUUUCCGUUGGGUAAAUUGAAUGACUCCAAGCGCAUCGAUUAUGUUUUACAAGAAGCACCAUUGGAAUUCAUCAACGAGUACAUAUUCGCCAUGGGCGCGCAUGUUUGUUAUUGGGAAUCUGAAGACACGAUACUCUUUGUAAUGAAAGAAAUUUACACAGGACUGGGCAUUAGUCCGGAUAGCCAAGUGCCACAGCAGACAAUGACCAUUGAGCGGCCCAGCUCACAAAAUAGCAACACGCUAUCACCCAUCAAUGAGAAACGUUGAUAACCUGCGUAUAUACGUACAUAGAUAUGUAUCCUGAAUUGAAAGCAAUUUUUCUCUGUAUUUAUUUGAUAGUAUAGAAGUGAGUCCUGGGCUCGAAUCGUAACAUCCGUUCACGGAUCGACAACCAUACGAAAGAAAAUUACGUGAUACGUUCACAUACAAUAAUGCGAAAAGGGUGUUUUUACGUGACGAGUAAUACGAUAUCGUACGUGACGAUUCGAGUCCUGAUAGUUUAAAAGCAGGCACCUAGUUGUUACAAGUCGCCACUGCUAUAAUUCAGCACACAAGCUUCGCUUUAUCAUAAAUGUUUAUAUGUACGCCUGGAAAUAUGUAUUCACAUAUAUGUUUGUGCACUGCGUCUAUUGUAUGAUGUGUAUGAAUUUGAGUCUUAUUAUAUAAUGGAAAAACUCUUUAACAGAUUAAAACAAAUUUUUAUUAACGAAUCCAUAAUUUG